AGAGACAGAGCACUUUCAAGACGUGAACUCAUCACAGGUGUGCACAGCAUGGUGGAAUACACGGCUGCACCGGCUCUGGAGGAGAGGACGGUGGUGUUGGUGGAAAACAAGUCAUCGUCUGAGUGGAUAUGGAAGGCGUCUCGGGCCCUUGUUCUCGUGGUCCUUGCUUUAAUAGGCAUCGUGCUGUUUGCCUGGUACUGGACUGGCCCUCAAAUGAAGAUUCAAUCAGGUCAAACACAAGCACUGAUGGAGACAGAUUCUGCUGAGAAAACAGAUCCUCACUACACACUCAGGAGGAUCAGCAGCAAAGCCAAGGCAGCGAUCCAUUUAGAAGGUAGCUACGACGACGAGGACGAGGAUGUGAGAGACAGGCUGGAGUGGAUGAACGGUCAAGGCCAAGCGUUUGCUCAGGGCGGCUUCCGCCUGGUGGACAACAAGAUCGUAAUCCCACAAACGGGCCUGUACUUCGUCUACAGCCAGGCGUCGUUCAGAGUGUCCUGCAGUGAAGGCCUCGAGGAGAGAGCAGGAAAACUCCUCUCACCUCUCAGCCACAGGAUCUGGCGCUUCUCCGACUCCAUAGGCAGCAAAGUGUCUCUGAUGAGCGCGGUGAGGUCGGCGUGCCAGAGCGCCGCUCAGGCGGACACUUUCACAGACGGACAGGGCUGGUACAACACCAUCUACCUGGGUGCUGUGUUUCAGCUGAAUAAAGGAGACAACCUGUGGACAGAAACCAACCAGCUGUCAGAGCUGGAGACGGAGGAGGGCAAGACUUUCUUUGGAGUGUUUGCUCUUUAAAUGACUUUUACUUUCCUUUGUUACUAUUCAUCUUCAAGGUGAUGUCAAAAUAUUCAAAUCUCAAUUGAGAUCAUUUUGUGCUGGUGACUAAAAAGAAAAACUACAAAUCAUAUGAACUGUAACAGUUUGCAACCAUUUUUCUGUUUGAGGCACUUUUUUGUACGUUUAUUUAUGACCACGACUGUUGUAGACAUCGCGACACAGCUCUUCUAUGCUGAGUCUAUGCUAAGACUAUGCACAUUACUAUUAAUCUGUAUUUAUUUGUAUUUAUUUAUAUUUAAAUAUGUCGGGAUUGGGUGUUGAAAGUUACAUGUUUAUGUUUUUUUUCACUUAAACUGAAAUAAAA